CUCAUCAGUAAGCAAAUUAGUUUCUGAAUUUCACCCUAUUUAUGCAAGUACAUUUUUGCACUAUGGGCAGACUGUGGGGGUUGUUAUAGUGUUCAUUGUAAACACCGGACCCGCUGAGUUUCUGCCAAUCCGCUCAAAUCAGUGUGUAUGUGUGUGUCGUCUGCUGAUGACCGCUCUACUUCUGGGAUUAGCAGCCACAUGACCGUACUGGGCUGGGCUCCCACUGAUCCUUUCACUUGGCUUCACUUGCAGAGGCGGUCUCUGUUGCUGUCUAACAAGGUCCUGAGAGCUGGAGCUCUCCAAACAAAAUCUGUGUGGACUUCGAAAUGAGGUGGAGGUCAGGAGGACUGGAAGUUCAUCUGUGAUGGAGCAAGACAUUAUGAGUUUAAGUCAAGAGGACGGCUUUGAGGGGAAGUCUCUUUGUUGGUCAGACUCAGAGGCUUUGAGUCAAAGAGACAAAGAGUAUGAUGAUAUCCUGGAGCUUAAUCAGUUUGAUGGACUUCCUUAUUCAUCAAGGUUUUACAAACUGCUGAAAGAAAGGACAGAGCUGCCAGUGUGGAGAGCAAAGGGUGAAUUUAUGGAUUCUUUGGCCAAAGGACAGUUUGUGGUUCUCAGUGGCUUUGCCAAAACUGGAAGAAGCUCUCAGAUUCCUCAGUGGUGUGCUGAAUUCUGCCUCUCGGUCCAGUUCCAGCAUGGUAUGGUGGUGUGCACCCAGAUUCAUCCACAGCAGGCAGUGGAUCUCGCUUUGAGAGUGGCUGAUGAGAUGGACAUCAACAUCGGCCAUGAAGUCGGAUACACCAUCCCUUUGGAAACUUGUUGCAACAGUGAAACUUUCCUCAGGUAUUGCACAGAUGAUAUGCUGCUGAGGGAAAUGAUGUCUGACCCUUUGCUUGAACGCUAUGGCGUGGUGAUCGUAGACCAGGCCCACCAGAGGACUGUGGCCACUGACGUGCUUCUGGGUCUUGUGAAGGAGGUUGCUCUGCAGAGGCCAGAGCUCCGUGUGGUCCUUCUAUCAGCUACUGAUCCAGGCCCCAAGCAGUUGACCCUCUUCGCUGGGUCAGUGCUGCCAGGGAUCCACCUGGAGGUCCCAGAGGUUGGGGAGGUGGCAUACAGCAGCACAGGUGACAACUACUUCUGCUCUGCUCUCCGUCUCGUGUUGGAGAUCCAUCGCUCUGGGGAGCAGGGGGAUGUAGUUGUGUUUCUGGUGACCAUGCAGGAAAUAGAUCUGGCCCAUGACAUGCUGUGUCAUGAAAAGCAUGGCUUUCCACCUGAUCUGGGUGAACUGCUGCCAAUAGCUGUGGAUCCUGGCCAUCCUGGGAGUCUACCAGUCUUUGGGGAGGAGGAGAAGGGCCAGACAAGAAGGGUGUUCCUCACACGUAGCCCAAAUGAAGACUUCUUCUGGGCCGUUAGCUCAAUUACCUUCGUUAUUGAUGCUGGGCUGGUAAAAAGAUAUGUUUACAACCCCAGAAUCAGAACAAACACUGUCAUCAUCCAGCCAAUCAGCUUAGGUGAAAGUGAGUGCCGCAAACAGCUGGCUGGUCCAAAAGGCAAGUGUUUUCGCCUUUACCCAAAGGAACAACAGCUUCCUGCAGAGAUUCCUCCCCGUAUAGUGGAGUCCGACAUCACCUCCACCGUGCUCUUCCUAAAGAGAAUGGAGAUUGCUGGGCUGGAUCACUGUGACUUUAUCGACAGGCCAGACCCUGAAGGUCUGAUGCAGGCUUUGGAGGAGCUGGACUACCUAGCAGCUCUGGAUAAUGAUGGAAACCUGUCUGAGAUGGGCAUCAUAAUGUCUGAGUUCCCUUUGGAGCCUCAGAUGGCCAAGACUGUGCUGGCCUCCUGUGAGUUUGACUGCGUCAGCGAAGUGGUCAUCAUCGCUGCCAUGUUAACAGCACCCUCUUGCUACAUGGUUCCUCCUCCUGAGCUAAAGCCAGAGGCAGCCCAGUGCCACAUGAAGUUCCAACACCCAGCGGGAGACCACUUCACCCUCAUCAAUAUCUUCAAGGCUUUCAAACAGUGUCAGCAAGAUGCAUCCUGUAAUGAGGAGAAGUGGUGUCAGGACUGCUUUUUUAACCACGCCGCCUUACUGACGGCUGAUGCUCUUCGGAAUGAGCUCACAGACACUCUAAAGAGAAUCGAGCUGCCCAUCUCAGCACCUGCCUUUGGCUCCCGAGGCAACACGGUCAACAUCAAGAGAGCCCUGCUUGCAGGGUUCUUCAUGCAGGUGGCUCGGGAUGUAGAUGGAUCAGGAAACUACUUCAUUCUGACUCAUAAGCACGUGGCACAGAUCUAUCCUCUCUCUAGAUAUGGAGACAAGUGCCCCAAGCUGGACCUGCCAGAAUGGGUGCUCUUCCACAAGCACACAUUCUCGGAGGACAACUGCCUCCGCACCAUUUCCCACAUAACACCAGACGAGUUCAUUGAAAUGGCACCGCAGUACUUUUUCUACAACUUGCCGUCUAGUGAGAGCAAAGACAUCCUGCAGAACAUUCUGAACCACGGAGAGUCUCAGAACAAACGGCCAUCACACGAGGAACCGCAGGAAGACCAGAAGUCUGAUCGCUGCAUUAUACAGUGACUUAUGGUUAAACCAAAAGCCAAGCUGCUCUUCGUUUACAGCAUUAACACCAUCUGGAUAGCCGAACUGUCGUACUGUCCCAAUAUUCCAGAUUUUUAUUUCUAGCAUUCACUUCUCUCUGUCUGUACCCUUCAUUUCUUUUUAUCAGUAUUCUGAUUUGAUUUUAAAUAGUAAUAUACAGUGCACUAGUAUAAAAUAAAAUAUUUAACAUAUAUUUUCAGCUUUUUAUUUUCAGAAUUACUCACCUUGCAGGUGAGAUAUUUACAUACACUCAUCAUGGUCAUGAAUCUCAUAAUUUCGUCCUUCUGAAGAAACCAUUCUUUAAUAAGGGUGGAAUGACGAUACAGCUAAUCAAUAAUCAUUAUUAUUAAAAGAUGGAAUUUGUUGCAUAGGUUUACUUAUUCAGGCUAAAAAAUUAUAUAUAUACAGCCUCAAAUAUAUGGGAUUCCACACUAUAUUGCCAAAAGGGUUACCUACCCAGACCAUUAAGUUAAGGGGUUCCGAUCAAGUCUAUUGCCACAGUUGUAUACAAUUCAGCACCUCAGCAUGUAGACAGAGUCCAAAGACAUCUGUGAAAGAAGAACUUAAGUACAGUGCAAAGAGAGAUUUGUGAAAUGAGUUUCCAUAGCUGACAUUAGGUGCAUUGGUGUAAAACACAUUCUCUAGUAUGAUUAAUUAUGCCUCCAAUUGAUGAGUCUGGUUUAGGCAGCUGCAAGAGCAACGCCUGAUUGCAUUGCAUCAACUGGUGCAGAGUGGAUUAUGGUAUGGGCCUUUUUCUUUUUUACUGGAGUUAAGCUUGGCCACUUACAAGUAUUAUUUAUAAAUGGUUUUGAUGUGUUUUUGGUAUCAUUGUCCUGUUGGAACCAAGGUUUAACCAUCUAGCUGUUGUUUUGAGGCGAUGUUGAAGAAUUUGGAGGUUGUCAUCUUUUAUCAUUAUUUGAUAUACCUGGACCACUGUUAGUGACAGUCCCCAGGUUGAUGCUGCCACCACCAUGCUUAACAGUUGGUACAUCUCCUUGAUUCCUCCAGACAUUUAUAAUCAUUGUGGUCAAACAGUUAAACAUUUGACCCGUGUGAAGGGAAAACUUUCCCACUCCAUUUUAAAAGACCAUUUGGGAGGCUGCAAAUUUCAGUUGAGGUUCAAGGUGUUACUUCAGGAGCUUGGGCUUGUUUAAGGUGGCACCACCCACGUCUACGUUGAUUUCACUGGACAGUGACUGUGGUGUUACAGAAUCUUCCAGCUUGAUGGCUUGCACCGUGGUGGUUCCUGGGAUGUUCCUUUUAUUUGAGGUCAAAUGCCUAAAAUGUCACAAUGAUUCAACACAAUCAAGAAUAUGUUGCUUAAAAGCCAGUUUUGCUAGUAAACCAACUAAUUUGAAUGAACCUUUUAUUAAAUUAACAUGAUAAUAUAUCCAAAGAUUGUUUGCGGAUAGAAAGUGUGCAGCUCAUUUAAAACUUGCUAAGAGAUUUAUCAAACGUAUUAGUUGAACUGUAUGUAUAUAUUCAAACCUGUAUAAAUUAAACUUUUGCACUCAAUUGUAAUUAAAAAAAUUAAUAAAGUUACCUGUUGAAUAAUUAAUCCAGUGAAAAUAAAGCAGUUCAAAUGCAUAUUUAAAAGAAUAAAAUGAACUACUUACACGUUCAUGGGUGUAUAUAAACUUCUCAUAAACAUAAUUAGUGUGUCCUUUCUGUUUAUUUUUUAAAUGGUUUAAAAGCAAAGUCAAGGUGUCAUUUUGCUCACAGGUCUUGUUGAACCCAUAGAUUCUCCAGCCUUUUUAAUUUGUUUCUGCAUUUACUGUCCAACUAUACCCUGCAGCACAGAGGGUCAAGUCUGAUUAAUGAGGUGCAGGAACAGUUUGUACACGCCUGCAGCUCCAUCUGCUGUGGACCUACUUUGAUGACAGCAGGGUCACGGAGUACAACCAGCACCACAGUGAAAAUAUCAUGUCCUCUCUUCAGCUCCAAAACUGAUGUGCAAGGACACCCAGUGACAUUCUGAGAACACAGUGGUACGUUCGAAAUCUGCCAUCUUACAUUUUAUGAAAAGCCUAUGCAGCUAUUUUAGAUCAAGUUGUCCAUAUAAAGAAACAUACCUCUACUUACUUUACAAAUAUGGUCUAGUUAUGAGGAUCCAACAAAACAUGCAGCUUCAUUAAGCACACAAACACAAACCCUUGAAAAAAAUUCAACUCAUAAUACAAUUAAAUACUGUUUUUUUUUUUUUACUUUUUUAA